UUGUAUUGUGUUUAGAGAGAGAGAGAGAGAGAGAGAGAGAGUAACAUUAGUUUUUAACAUUAUUCUUCACCAAAUUUCCCUAAAAAAGCACAUAACUGUUCUCCGGAUUUCUCCAUUGAUUUUUGUGGAGUAAAUUCCCUUUUCAUCUCUAUGUCUGAACAAAACCCACUAUGGAUUUUUUACUUAUUUUUGAACGGUUUGAAGAAUUCCCCGGAAUAGCGCAUUUACAUAUAUUUUUUGGGAAUUGUUGUUGAUUAUCUAGAUUUUUUUUUUUUUGGUUCACUGUGGACGCAAUCUGUUUAGAAUUCAUCAUCAUUACUGAUCAUCUUUAAAGUGAACUGGUUUUCCUAUUUUGUUCUAAGAAAUGCACAUCAGAAUUUCUGGGUCAAAAUUGAGACUCAACCUAAAUUAUCAGUAAGAAUUCAAUUGAGAACUCGAGUCCUUUUGAUUUCUCGGUAUCAUCAGGAUCGAGUUUACCCAUUUUUAUUAAGGUUCCUAUUUCUUAAAUCUGGGCAGUGACUGGAAUUUCCAUUGAAUAAAGGCCAUCUGAAUUGAGUUUUUUCAACAUGACCAACAAUUCAGGGACUCUUGAUAGAUGGAGGGAGUAUUUCAGGAGUUCAAAUUCAGAUAUCUUUAUUAUAAUUGAGCACGCAAUUAUGGUGGCAGCCUCUGAUUGCCCUUGUGACUUCAAACUGAAGAGGGGCAGAAUUGCGGAGAUGCUUUUCACAUGUAAACAAACAAAGUGUUUUGGGUGUGAAAGAAUUGAAUUGGUUGUUCCAUGUGAACAUGAGGCAGAAAAGAGUGAUGAAAAGUACAAGAGUGAAAAUGAGGCUGGUGGGAGUAAAGACACAAAAGAAAGCACAGUGCAUAGCAAUGGACAUGAUCAUACGGAGAUGAAUGUGAAUCAUGUCAACAAUUUCGGUUACGGAGAAGCAGAGGCAUUGACUGAUGAACUUGAGGAGGAAUCUCAGUUGCUCGGAGAGGUUUUGAGGAUUAAAGAAAUUCUUGACAACAGUGAAGAAGAGUCAGCUUCAUUAUUGUUUGACUCACUGAGGAGGCUUCAACUGAUGGCUUUGUCCGUAGAGAUUCUGAAGGCUGCGGAGAUUGGAAAAUCUGUUAGUGCUCUGCGGAAGCAUGGAUCAAAGGAGAUUCGUAAUCUUGUAAAAGCAUUAGUUGGGGAUUGGACAAUCAUGGUUGAUGAAUGGGCUGAUGCUACAGAGGCCAUUACAGGUGCAGAAGUUGCAAAAGAAUCUGUGAAAACGUCUGCUUUUGAAGAAGAGGAAGGGCUUCCAUCUCCUCCAAUGGAUGAAGGAGCCUUUUUUGCUACACCUACUUCAAUGGAACUGUCACAGUUCUUUGAUGGCAUGGAUGAUGAUGGAAUUGGGGACGUCGUUCUGGAUCCUCGAAACAGUGGGGAAUUCAACAAGAACCGCGCAAAUGGCAGAAAGCCAACACUUGGGAAACCAAGCAUCCCAAAAUGGAAAGAUGAGACUCCUGAAUUCAACAAGAACCGUGAAAAUGUCAGAAGCCCGAUACUUGAGAAAUCAAGUAUCCCUAAAAGGAAAGACCAGACUCCUGAUUCAAGCACUCGUCCAAAGGAUGCAAAAGGUGAUCAAAAGAAGGAUCCGGAAGCUGUGGUGAAGAAACAAACCCCUAUGUGUAAACCAAAUAAGCCGCCCAGCCAUGAAACUGGACCCGGGAAGCCGAGACUAGCCUUGCAAAGCAAGGUUAAAAAUGAGAUUAAGGUCCUGCAGAAAGCUGACAAAGGCAUGAUUCAGAAGAAACCCAUGCUGCCUCAACAAGAUACAUUGAGGGGCAACGAUGAGGCUUCGGUGAGAGUAAAAUUAGAGGCUGCAAAGAGGAAGCUCCACGAACGCUAUCAAGAAGCUGAAAACGCCAAGAAGCAGCGGACAGUACAAGUUGUGGAGUUUCGUGAUCUUCCCAAGCAGAGUCUUGCCCAGAGGAAUCAGCACAUGAGGCCUGGAAACCAUAACAGGCACUGGGCAAAUGGACGUCGGUAGAUUAUGUAAUUACUAAACCUAGUUUUGACAUCCUUGUUUAUCUUGUCUUGAGCUGCUCGAGAACUUGAGAAUCUCAAGCGAUUGAUUCGAAUAGGCAUGUUUUUUGACAUGACCCUUCAGUCGAACUUUUAAGAGAGGAUGGUAUUCGUUCUCUAAACCUUUAUUUGGUGUAGAGGAACCCUAGACUGUAGACUGGUGGAAACAUAGUGCAAUGAAGUGUAAAAACCGUUUAAGCAUGAAUGCAAUAGAAAGGAUAAACCUUUUCAGUUUUAGAAA